AUGACUAAUUUAAGAAGAAUGAAGAUGUUCAACUUUAUAUUCUUAGCCUGCAUAAUUCAGGUUAGUAUUUAAUUUCCCCGCCUUUUGCUUUCAGUUUUAUAAAUCCUAAUCUUUUAUAACAGAAGCAGGCCUGUUAGCGUCUUUAAACUUGAAUAUUAUUUAACUUGUUUCAAUGAAGCAGAUGUUCUCAACUUUGACAGAAACAUUUUUCCAGUUAUCUGUGCCGUUUAUCCGGCCCUUGCCGCCUUAUUAGUUUAGUUCCUGGGUGUGUUUUUUUUGUUAUGUUCGAAUCAUUCUAUUGUGUUCAAGUUCAUGCUUUUUGCUGUAAAAAAUGUCAUGGUCUAUAAGUGCCACUCCAAGAAGUCCAGUAUGAACGUUAUAUAUUGAGAGUUGACAGAAAACCAGUGCCACUACCCUAACACAAAACCUUGGCACGAUUAGUUUUAUUUUUUUCAUUCUACGUAUUCUAGUUUGACCUCUUUUGAGACUGAAUGGACCUUAAUCAUACUGAGCUGCAAUUCCUAUUUGGAAGAUACAUUAACGAGACAAAUUAUUGUUUAUAAUAGCGAGACUGUUUAUCUUAACUUGAACUGAAAGAACGUGACUUCUUUAAAUUAUAUCUCCUGAGUAAAACAACAAAAUUCAACAGAAAUUGAGUCACUUUAUGUUUUGUUCGCGCUCAGCUCAGUGCUUCGACUCCUAACAGAACUGUGAAAUUAGUUUUUGAGUUAGCAGUAUAAUACCACUACUAAGGUUUAUCUACUUUUUGUAAAGCAAAUUAUUUUAUUGUAUCAACAAUGAAAUCCCAAUUUUUACAGACACACAUGCCGUGAUCCUGGACUCUAUCCGAUUAGGGAUCUUUUUCUCUGAGAGCAGAUCGUGUCCUUUCUUGUAAGUUUUCAAACACCUGCCUUCUUCUCCGCUUGAGCAUUUGCGUCAGGUUUGACAACGAAACAGGAGGAAGCAAUUUUUGGCUACAUUAUGCUCUGUCUCAAUAAUUUAGAUCCUACCAUAAACUUACCUAGUAAAAUGGGAAAAAAAGCGUUACUGAAAAGAUCGUUCUUCUGCACUGGCGAAGACAUAAAAGGAACGACAAAUUCAUGUGCCGAAGUCCGGCAGAACAUAAAAAGUUAACAAAUUUCGAAUAUGUCCUUUCUGUGGAACUUCAGACAGUGAAGUUCUCUCUUGGUUACGUAACUGUAGUUGGUCAGUACGAAUUUCGUCAAUUUAAUCAAGUGUUAUCCAAGCUCAGGAAGAAAGCUGAUUUAUUCUUGCGGAGCGUGCUGUUUGAAUCCUUGAAGCUAAAUUUACUGAAUCCAAGAGCGACCUUAGUCUAGUUUUUGUGCCGGCCGGCCUUCGUCAUUCACUAGAGUCUGCCUUUAAGUAUCUUCAAAUGGGUCUAAAACCGUUUUUUUUUUUACAUUUUCAGAUAGUUAACUUGCCCGAACUGUUUUUCGUUUCGCUUCUUGAACUGCCAUGUUUCCCAACUUUUUAUUUUUUUAUUUUUGUUUUUGUUUUUGCAGUUACUCCAGGUUCCAGGGCAGGCGGGUAAGCAUAUUUUCUUAUUUUAAACUCUGUAGGUUGUAUGCUUGGCAGCUUUGUUAUUGGCGGAAAAUUCUGACGCACCUGGCAUCGCUCAGUCAAACAGCCAGCAAAAACCGUGACAAUCAUAACUUGUUCGCAUGAAUUUUCGCGUACUUUGACGAUGAGAUGUUAUAAAAAAUCGAAUCAUUGGAAAUUGCAAUUCUAGAGUUUUGAUUUGCUUAGCCAUCAUAGCCGGUAUACUAGCUCAUAUACCAUGCUUUCUAAACGUGGUCCGUCUAUGCGUCAGUUCAAGACUAGUGAGUCUAGUGAGAGAACUAAAACAAUUUAUUCGCGGAGGAAGGGCUCCUGAAGAAAAUUGUUUUAAUAUUACAACGCUUGAAAAUGCAAUUUCAACAGAAGACACGGAAAAAACGACAAAGUAUAUAUAGUGAUGGAAUGAAGUUUUCCUCAAAAGACGUCGAAAAAAACUCGUGAAAAGACAAGAAAAAUACCUUGACCAGCAAGAAGAAGAUGAGCCUCAGUUCUUUCUGAUCGCAAAGUCACUCGCCGAAAAAUGUUCAUACAGGCUUGCAGAUAUAGUCCAUAAUAUUUUUCUAGUGUGAUUGGCCAAGACAACUUUGAUUAUCCGGGAUUUGAUUUCGGGUGACACAUUCCUUCGUUCGGCGGCUCUCUCUGGUUAGAGGCAAUUGACAGCCACUAAAGUCUUUAGGUUUCACUUUCAUUUUCCUGAUAGACUUGCCACAAGUGAACUUUUUCAAAGUGACGAAGUUGCUAAAACGGGCAGCAAACGUCGAAAAGAGACGUAUCGCCCUGGGUAUAACGUUCCCGAGGCUUCGUCACGCGUUCCUACCCCACGAACGGGGCAGUAACGCGUUCCUACCCAACGAACGGGGCAGUAGCGCGUGACGAAGCCCAAAGAACGUCUGCAUAGGAGGCUACCCUUGGAUUCUGAUUUCCGUGCGGUGGAUCCUGGAUUCCUUGUCAGUGGAACUUGGAUUCCGGAUUCCAAACGUUAGCAGAUUCCUUGAGCUAAAUUACGGAUCUAAAGCGGAUUCCACGAGCAAACAUUUCCCGUUCCCGAUUCCACAAGAUUCCGAAAUCCGCGUUACUUUUAAUGAGGUGAGAUGUAUGACCCAACAAAGACGGACUUUAAAAGACUACCUUACUUACUUAAUUAAUAACCGAUAAUAUGAAACGGGCAUUACACCAAAAAAAACCGGCGCAUACCGACGAAGUCGUUAUCAAGACAAAAUGAGAAAAGCUAGCCAAAUUCGCGCCUCUGUAAAUAACGGCUGUGUAGACUACUCAUCUCACUUUAUCUAACUCAGAUAUCAUGCUGUUUCAGUCGUGCGCUUAGUGGGAGACAGUAGAAAUUACAUUGGACGCGUUGAGUUCUACCAUGAGGGCAAAUGGGGAACAAUUUGUGAAAAACGCUGGGACACGAAGGAUGGCACAGUGGUGUGCAGAUUACUGGGAUUUGCCUCCGCGAAACAAGUAUUUAAAGGGGCACACUUUGGUGGAGGUAAUGGUACGAUAUGGCUGACGAAGCUUGGUUGCUAUGGUAAUGAAAGCUCGUUGUUGGAUUGCAAAAAUGCAAAGGCGAACCUUGGAAAAUCAGACUGUACUCAUCAACAGGACGCUGGAGUGGAGUGUGACCAAACGCCUGUUGGUAAGCUUUGCUAAAUAUAAGCUCACAGGCUGAAAUUUAUACAAAAUUGUCGGCGCCCGUUAUUUUCCUCAAGGAUCAUACUCGACGUCAGAGCUCUUCUCUACUGCGCAUGACUGCGGAUCCGAAGGCUCUGGUGAAGAGAUUGCCUCAAGGAUAGUAAAUAAUGCGAAAUACGCAAGCGCGUGAAGCGCGAGUGAAAAUUUCCACAAGCGGAGAACACGACUUGGGGCGGUGAUUUUUUCGCGCGUACGCCAUACUUCGCUCGCGCUAGCUUAGCUGCUUUAACAAGGCCUCACAAGAUUGGUGGAAAAAGAAUGACCGAACAAAGUUACCGAUGGAACCGAGCCCUAAAACAAGGCGUUUAAGGGGGGAUGGGGGAGGGGGGGAGUGUAACCCAAUCACCUCUUCUUUUUUUGCUUCCUCCUUUUCUUUCUUACCCCUUUCCCCUCCCCCCCUUUAACGCCUGGCUAAACCCCGCUUUACGGACAUCUCAUUAUUACGGACACUUUUCUUUGUCCCUGGGGAAAGAAAGCCCUUAAAUUUUCUCUAAAUUCAACCCACUUAAUAUGGACAUCCGUUAAUACCGACACUUUCUAAGGCCUCCUCUUUGACUGCACUAGAUUAGCCAGGGAAAUUUCGCGUCGUCUCGUUUUGUGUCUAUUAUGUACAACAAUGCUUUGAAGGCUUGGUCACUAUUGAUACUAUUUGUAAGUGUGUGUGAACUUAACGUUACGUUUUAAUUUUCUGUCAAUUGGUACUAAAUCUUGCAUGGCACGACUGUUCCUAAUAUGCUGUGGCCUUAAAAUUUCUUACAGGCAUCGGUUGAUAUUUCAUUAACAUGUUAAUUCUUUUCCCUCCUUUACGACAGACCAUUAUUGUAAUUAUGGAAUUCCAAAGUUGCUGACGAAAGUCGGAUCAUUUCAUUCUCCAAAGUACCCUGACAGAUAUCCUAAUAAGGUAAUAUGCCGCUGGACUAUUCAAAUUCCACAAGACAUCAUCGAAGAAGAAAACAUCAUCAAGCUUACAUUUGUAGACUUCAAACUGGAAAUUCACUCUACUUGUCUCUACGACAGUGUGGUGAUUUAUGAUGGCGACGAAGGCAGUAACAGCUCCAUGUUGGGUAAAUUUUGCGGUGAAAUUCUCCCCUCUCCAGUCUACGCGAGCAAAGGGAAGAUGACUGUUACGUUCAUCAGUGACGAAACGAUACCUGCCUCAGGUUUCAAUGCAACGUUUGAAUUUUCUUCAGACUUGGGUUAGUUUUGUUUAUUUUUUUAGUGCUUUGACUUUGGCUGAAACAAGUUUUGUCAGUCAUCAAAUGUUAGGAGAUUUAAUCAUUUUGCGCUCCUUCAACUAAAACGACCGUGUUAUCUUUUCUGAUGAAAAAAAUAUACAGUGAAGCUUUCCGGGGUUCCGAUUUUACCAAAAUACGUGAAAAAAACCUUAAAAUUUGAUCUCGUCCUCGUAAUUGUUCUCUUCCUCGAAUCUAAAGGCCUCAACGCAUAUUACAUUACGAAAUUUAUGAACCCUUUAAGUCCCAAUAUCCACAUACAAAUUCUCCAAACUGAUCUCUAUACACGUUCUUGAAGAAUUAGUUGAGAGAAUUUGGUAAAAGAUCAAACAUUUUUCUCUUUGUGAUCAUUUUGUUAAUUCCCAUAGACUUUGCUCAUGAUAGUCUAUGGAUAUCGUUAGGAGAAAAUUGAUUUUGAGCACUAUGGGGACUUAAAGGGUUAAAUACUACACAAAUACAUGAUUCUAUUUGAAACAGAUUUUUCCCUUUUUCUUUGUUUGCUGCAAAAGAGAUGAUGCCCAGCGCCUCCUCGAGGACGCUGGCAAAAAUUCCAGGCUCCUGUCUAAGCAGAAAGCGAUAUACUCAAUAACUGUUUUUUUUUUCCGGUUACAGAACAGACUGGUUGUUACUAACUUAGAAGUGUGUAUAACACUAAUAAUAUAGUUACGACACCUACUUGACAGAACAAUUUUCCAGUCUCCCCGAUUCUCUCAUCCUGUCCAGCCAGCUACGCUUGAAAUUUUGUGGAACACCAUCGUUGUGUGCCUCCUGAAUAAAGCUGUAAUGUUAGCAAAGUAAGGCCAAGAGCCGCCGGAUUCUGAAGCAAGUACAAUUUCUGCACUUCCCUUGCCUUUUGGGCGGAAUUUGUAGCUGACGAUAUUCUGGUUGGCUAUGGACUCCAACAGUUACUGAGCUUGUGAUUCAUUCUAUACAGUAAAGCCUACUCUUUUCAAUGUGUGUAAUAAAUGCUGCAUGAUUUGUGAAGACUUUCCUUUGCUUUUAUUGGUCACUUUUCUAUUGCUGUUUCAUUCUUUAUAGUUGAGCCAGAAAUCCAGUCCAUUACCACUGACCAGUCAGUACUGAGAGGCUCAAGCGUGAAACUGCGCUGCUCGGCUAACGGGGUUCCCGCUCCGACUGUUGUGUGGACAAAAAAUGGAUCCGAUGUUGUGUUGAUAAAAGGACAAAGCACUGCAAUCCUGUUCCUGAAAAAUGUAACCAAACAGCAUCAUGAAGGUGUGUAUCACUGUGCAAUUAACAACACUGAGGGAAGUGACCACGCUGACGUCAAUAUCAAAGUUGUAGGUAAGUUUCCAGCUGCUCCUGAGAAGUGCACGUGAUUACAUUGUGAAAGGGUAGGAAUAGCCUGCGUCGCAACGGAAAUUAACCUUGGUUACUAACGUUUGCGAAGCAGCUCCGAGAUUCCCACAACGGACUCAACCAAUUACCGGAAAUCGUGUGGGGGGAGGGAUACGUAUUCUUUUUGUCUGAAUUUCGAAAACCGUCGUUUCCUGAUUUGAGGAGGAAGCCCUGCCUGUGUCUGUAUUUAAGCACUGUAUUUGCGCUCGUUUUCGUCACUGCAAUGCCACAUGCACAGUUUCAACCCAUCUUUGUGUCGUUUGUCACCAUUUCAAAAAAUGUGGUUGUGGUGGAGGGAAAACAAUAGAAAUGUGGUGGCAGUGGUGGAGGAAACAAUAGAAAUGUGGAGAAGCAAAAAGGGGAGGAGACAAAGUGAAAAAGUCAUUUGUCGUGGUAAAAGAGCUAGUUUGCCUUAGUCCUCAUUAAAUAUGCACGGUUUGCUCGGCAAGAAUCAGUGAACCGAAACUGGAACAAUACUUUAAACAAUGAAAGCGGCAGGAAAUAGAACUUAAUUACAUAAUUACGGUAGGACUUAGUGAUUUCGAGUCACAGUCGAGUUAGCGCUUAUUCCUUCGACACCAUGAAACAACCAAUGACCACUUUUGUUUUUAGUCAACCAAUCAAAAAGCAAGACCUUCAUCGACCUUAAAAUAACAAGGAAACCUGUACAAACGGUUAGGGCCUGUUUACAUGAAGGUGGGGGACCCCAGGUAGGUGAGGUAACAUGUGGCGGGGUACCCUACCUAUCAUGUAAACGUGAUCACAUUAAAAUGAGAGAUUGUAUGGACAGGCGGGUUACCCCACCUAAUCGGGUUACCUCACCUACCUGGGGUCCCCCACCUCCAUGAAAACAGGCCCUUAGUCUACCUAAUAAUAACACAUGAGCUUCCCCCGCAUUCUAUUCAUGCAUGAGAUAAAGACAAAAGACUAAGACGUCAUAGUCAAAAGUUAAUUAAGUACACAAAAAAAUGGAGUAACCGGUCCCUAACAUACUACUUUUAUCUGCCUUUUUAAAUUAUUUUUCAGAAUGUCCACCGACUUGCACGUGUUUUUCAGAAAUCGACGAGUUAAAAGUUGAGUGUAAAGUUUUGAACCUCACCUCUGUUCCAGCUGGGAUACCCGAUAGCGUCAGAGAACUGUAGGUGGAUUCUAUUCUUGAUAACUUCUGUCUUGUUUUCGUUUCACUAAUUUGCCGUGUAUUCGUGUAUUCUCAAGACUUUCUACUUUUUAUCUGCACAGUGACCUGUCCGAUAACUUCAUUGAGCAUCUAAAAACGUAUAACCUGAAAUCGUUAACGUUACUUCAGAGAAUGUAAGUGAAACAGUCGGUCAGUUUUUCUUUAUUGUUCGUUACUUCCUUUAGACUACAGCGGGCCAUAAUAUCCCUUGAUUACUUUUGGGCCUCCUGCCUGGCAAGCGUUUAAAAGUGGGAAGGAAGAAAUCCUGGGCGCGAGAAAAAAAAUGCAGUGGCUGCGUAGCAAGCAUUUCUGCUGUCAAGCAUUUCUUGACGAGCUAUGUGUAACUGUCCCCUUAUAAAUUACGGAGGGCGGUUCAUUAACAGAGGUUCGGCUAUAAUUUUAUAAUCAACAUCGCAUCGGACUUUUUUGUUGCAGAUAUUUGUCCAACAAUAGAACAUUACGAGCCGCAAGGUCGAUUUUCGUGCACGCACCAGGGAUCCUUAAUUUCCAUGGAGAUACCCACAAACUGGACUCAAGUAACUACAAGGCGUUAGUCUUGACACAUUUCCUUGCCCACCUCAGGUGUUCACAUUAAUCGCUUUCUGUCAGUUCAUCUGUCAAUAAACUCAUUUUAGGACAGGACACAAAUUUGCGUCAAAUAUCAGAGCUUGUCUUCUGCGCGCCGAAUUUAUACCAUCGGAGCGAGAUAUUUUAACUCAGCUAUGGUUCUCGUCAAAACCACUUAAUGAAAAUACUUAAAUUCAUGGUUGGUGUUAAAAAAGGGUCUUGGUGCAAGUCUUGGAAAAAAAAAGAAAUAUUUUUUUCGUUUCUUAAGCGAAAGGUAAAAUCUAGCGCUUUAUGAAGGUCGAAUUCGAACCCUCCAAAGUAAUAAUUAUUCGGUACGUUACCUGGUAAGUUACAUAUUGUCGCCGAAAUGGUUUCAAAAGUUCAACGUGAAGAGUUCUGGAUGUUAUUUCGCAUUAUGUCCGAAGGACAGAAACUGUGUUCGCCGAUAUAAGGUAAGAGGGACCUUUAUUAUUUAAAAGGUAGAGGAGCAGCUUGUUAUGGCUCUCGCAUGCGGAGUUCGAGCACAUCGGUGAAGCCGGUUUGACGACACUGAGGAAAACAGAGGAAAAUAUUUUCUUGCCUUUGGUAUUGUGUAUAUCCUCGAUCACUAUACAAUAACGCACAAAUAUUAUAAUUCAAAGGGCAUUUACAACACGCGCCAAAAGAGCCGUGAUCCCGCCAAAAUGCUCGAACCAUAUAACAGAGUGUAAAAAGGGGGCUGGUAGGCAACACACGACUUUUACCUCGUGCCAAAAUGCUGCUUGUUCCAAAAAUUGUUUUCUCUGGUGGGUAUAUUAUAUUCUGGGUUCUACUCUUUGAAUGAGUAAAUGUGAAUUUUGCCGCUUGUUUCAUACUGAGAGGUCAUGACACGCAUAUUGAUUUUCUGCGGUUAUUGUUUCUGGUCGGCAUGAUUUGUCCUCUGAUGCAAGAGCACUUUCUUCGACCUCUUUUGAAACGUAAAUCUCUUCCUUUGUGGCUAAAUAAGAGUUUUAGGUUGUUUAGUCUUCUCCAAAGUGCCUCCUGGAUCUGAAUAGCUAAAGGCGAUAUUCUUUUGUCCGUGAAUGUGAUGAUUUUCUUCAAUUUAUGUCACGCUGGGCCCAGCUCGUUUAGUAUUUUCUGCACGAUGUUAGAUUUUCACCGAAAGUGAUUUACAGAUUCAAAUUUCGAGGAAUGGAUUAUAGGAACGCAUUUUGUGAAGAGAGAUUUUUUAAGUAAAAAGAACUCGGAUCCUUAAAUCGAUCGUGUUUUAGCUAGCCAAUUGCAAUUUUCAUAUCCUGUGUUAGUUCGGAUAAUUCAGUAGGUUAUUCUCUCCUCUCCCUCUUAGCUUACAGGCGGCGCGCCCAAGUUUAAGAGGUGAAGAGAGAUUUUUUUCAAGGGUAAAAAACUCGUAGCUUGAAUCGAUCAUGUUUUACUAUCUAGCCAAUUACAGUUUUUAUGAGCUAUGUUAGUUUGAAUAAUUCAGUAAAUUUUUCUCUCCUCUCCCUCUUAGCUUACAGGCGGCACGCCCAAGUUUAAGAGGUGAAGAGAGAUUUUUAAAGGGGGAAAAACUCGUAGAUUGAAUCGUCAUGUUUUAGCUAGCUAGCCAAUUACAGUUUUCAUGCGCUGUGUUAGUUUAGAUAAUUCAGUAAAUUUUUCUCUCCUCUCCCUCUUAGCUUACAGGCGGCACGCCCAAGUUUAAGAGGUGACGAGAGAUUUUUUUCAAGGGCAAAAAUCUUGCAGCCUGAAUAGACCAUGUUUUACUAGCUAGCCAAUUGCAGUUUUCUUACGCUGUGUUAGUUUGGUUACCCUCUCCUCUCCCUCUUGGCUUCCAGGCGGCACGCCCAAGUUUAAGAGGUGAAGAGAGAUUUAUUUAAAUUGAAACACUCGUAGCUUUAGUCGAUCAUGUUUUAUUAGCUAGCCUAUUGCAGUUUUUAUAAGCUGUGUUAGUUUGGAUAAUUCAGUAGGUCAUUCUCUCCUCUCCCUCUUAGCUUACAGGCGGCACGCCCAAGUUUAAGAGGUGAAGAGAGAUUUUUUUCAAGAGUAAAAAACUCGUAGCUUGAAUCGAUCAUGUUUUACUACCUAGCCAAUUGCAGUUUUCAUGCGUUAUGUUAGUUUGGAUAAUUCAGUGGAUUAUUCUCUCCUCUCCCUCUUAGCUUACAGGCGGCGCGCCCAAGUUUAAGAGGUGACGAGAGAUUUUUUUCAAGGGCAAAAAGCUCGUAGCUUGAAUAGACCAUGUUUUACUAGCUAGCCAAUUGCAGUUUUCUUACGCUGCGUUAGUUUGGUUACUCUCUCCUCUCCCUCUUGGCUUCCAGGCGGCACGCCCAAGUUUAAGAGGUGAAGAGAGAAAUAUUUAAAUUGAAACACUCGUAGCUUGAGUCGAUCAUGUUUUACUAGCUAGCCUAUUGCGGUUUUUAUACGCUGUGUUAGUUCGGAUAAUUCAGUAGGUUAUUCUCUCCUCUCCCUCUUAGCUUACAGGCGGCGCGCCCAAGUUUAAGAGGUGAAGAGAGACUUUUUUCAAGGGUAAAAAACUCGUAGCUUGAAUCGAUCAUGUUUUACUACCUAGCCAAUUGCAGUUUUCAUGCGCUAUGUUAGUUUGGAUAAUUCAGUGGAUUAUUCUCUCCUCUCCCUCUUGGCUUACAGGCGGCACGCCCAAGUUUAAGAGGUGAAGAGAGAUUUUUUAAGGUAAAAAUCUCGUAGAUUGAAUCGUCAUGUUUUAGCUAGCUAGCCAAUUGCAGUUUUCAUGCGUUGUUAGUUUGGAUAAUUCAGUAAUUUUUUCUCUCCUCUCCCUCUUAGCUGACAGGCGGCGCGCCCAAGUUUAAGAGGUGACGAGAGAUUUUUUUCAACGGUAAAAAACUCGUAGCCUGAAUAGACCAUGUUUUACUAGCUAGCCAAUUGCAGUUUUCAUACGCUGUGUUAGUUUGGUUACUCUUUCCUCUCCCCCUUGGCUUCCAGGCGGCGUGCCCAAGUUUAAGAGGUGAAGAGAAAUUUUUUUAGAUUGAAACAUUCGUAGUUUGAGUCGAUCAUGUUUUACUACCUAGCCAAUUGCAGUUUUUAUACGCUGUGUUAGUUUGGUAAAUCAGUAGAUUAUUCUCUCCUCUCCGUUUUGGCUUACAGGCGGCGCGCCCAAGUUUAAGAGGUGAAGGGAGAUUUUCUUAAAGUGAAUAGUACAUAGCUAAAAUCGAUCGUGUUUUGGCUAGUAAAUGCAGCUUUUUUUACACUGCUUAAGUUUGUAUAAUUCGGUAGAUUUUUCUCUCCUCGUCCUAAUGGCUUACAGGCAGCACGCCCAUUCUUAAGAAGCUGUGAUAAAGUAUAAAGUAAGUCACAGCUUGAAUCGAUCGUGUUUUAGCUAGUCGUUACAGAAUUAUUGUUUUUGUUCAUAUUUUGUUUUUGUUAGUGUAUAUAAUUCAGUAGAUUUUUAUUUUCUCUCCCUCUUAAGUCUUUAGCUCUUAUGCGAUGCGCCCAAUCUUACAACGAGUGGUGUUGGUUUCAAAAGCGAAAUUUAGUCAUUGUGAUUUUUUUUCUGAUCUACGGCUCUCAGUCUGGAUAAUAUUCAGCGUGAUGCCUGUGUUUGAUGUACACCGGAAACCGGAAAAAAGCUAGUUUUGUCCGCGGGCGGCAAUACUUUAAUUUUGACAGUUUAAGGUAAAAUAUAAAGAUAAUGUCUAAAUCAUUUGUGAACUGUGAUAGUUUUUUUUUUGCGUAAAUAUCUCUCUUCGAUCAAAUGUGACAGUUAGGCCAGAUUUAUACUAGAGUUGUAAAAAUUUCCUCCGUCUAUGUUGAAACCGAACAAACCUCGCGGGUAUCCGCUUUGGCGGUGAUCUCCCUGAGAGACAAUUGAGUUGUUGUUUUCAUUGUUUAUUCAUCAAGUUCUCAGUUGAAAUUAUUUUUCGGUAAUAUUGUUCUUAUUUAUUGUUUAUUGAGUGGGUCGGCUAAAAUUAAAGACGAUGAGUGAAGCUCCAAUGCAGAAUUUUUGAAGUCCAUUUGAUAUUAUGCUUUCGACAGUGCACGUGAAUAGCAACUAGGUUGGGUGUCCACUUAAGAUAAACUGGAUUAAGUGUCGAAGAUGAAAGAUUGCUCAAUAAAACGAAUAUUGUUGACAGCUUUAAGAUAGGCUCAGGGUCUCUUGAUGUAAUAUAACCCUUGGUUCAAAACAAUAGACUUGGCGCCUCGCCCUUCAGAAAUAUGCGAAGAUUGCGACGCUGAACGUCGCAAUCCCCCGAAAAUCGAGCCUGCGGCUUGUAAUGAACAAAACUACAAAGAAAAACAUUUCAGGACACGAAUAGCCUGGAAGAGAUGUAAGUUGUCGCCGUGUAUCUCGUUUAAGAGAUACCCCCACAAAAUAUUCCAUGCGUAGUCAAUCAAUGAAUCGAUCAUCGGUAGUAAUCGGUAACAAUCGAUAUCAAUUGGUAGAAAUCUAUAAAGAAAAACGUUUUAACCUCGAUAUAUAUCGAUUUCCGAUAGAAAUCGUUAACAAGUGAUUAAUCGACUGUUAUUGAUUACUACCGAUUGUCAUUCAAGGAGUUCAGCACGAUGUUUCUCCUCUUGCUUUUUUGACUCAUUUAGUAUCAUAGAAUCAUAGUAUGUUACUAAAAGAACCAAAAACAAUCGUUUAUAGGAACAAAUUCCUCUUCUUUUUUAUUUUCGACUUGAGCGCUGUUCAUAAUAACAGAAGAGGUUGCAGCGAAACUGACAUUAGUUUUGCGAUUUCAGUAAGUCACAUUAAAUUAAGGCUACCGUUUGACAUGGCACUGGAUGAAUUAUUUGUUUACUCAAUCUACAGAUUCUUGGCUCGCAACAAGAUACAGGAAAUAGAGCCAGGUUCAUUCGAUGGCCUCGAGGAGUCUCUUAUUAUCUUGUAAGUACACGAAUUACAAGAGAACCCGCCCCCGCCGCCCCUUACUUUGUCUUAGUUAAAUUUGCGUGUGUAAUUUUUUCACAUCGUCACCCUCAAAAAUAGAUCAAUAGACUUCGGUAAAAGCCAGUAAAAAACUAAGCCUAAGCCAUAACUACGAACAACGGGGUAUAGUAUGCAAGAUGAAAAACUUCAUUUAACAGGCCUGUACUUUGCUAAUUAAUUUCCAGGUUUCUUUCAAGUAAUAGUUUAACUAGUUUGACCACAGGGCUUUUUACCAACUUGACAAGCCUACAAUACCUGUAAGUUAUUAGCAAAAGGUUCCACUAUUUUCAAAAGUACAAACUGCCAGGUACCAAAACAACAGUUUCACAGCCAUUUAGAAGCCUAUCAAACUUUGUUUAUGUUGUACUCAUAUAUCUUGAUUGUGUUAAAAAUAUACGUAUUAAGUACCUUAUAAAAAGAAAUUGUUGUAAUCAUUCUACCCCCUUACAUUACGUUGCCCAGCACCCCCCCCCCCCCCCCCUCCUCCCUCUCUAUACGGCCCUUUGUCAACUAAGCUGCUAAGCUAGCCUUAAUUGUAGAGAGGAUCUAGGAACGACAGUAUUUCAUUCACUGAAAAUUAAAAAGAUCUGCAUAGCCCCAAACAGUACCAAUUCAGCCCUGCUGGCUUAAGUCUGAUUCAGCCCCUCCGGCCUGGAGCCAUUUGAGCACAAUUUAAGCCAAGACAGCCCCAUCAAAAGGCUAUUCCAGCCCAGACGGGGGUCCAUUUUAGCCCUUGGGGCCAAAUCAGCCCCAGGUAAUUGGACUGUAUUGUACUGUAUUUUACUCACCGAAACGGCCCCAGGUUUAGGGCUAAAACAGAACUUUCUGAUUUACGGUGUUUCACACAAAGAUUAUAAAAGACUUGAAACUAUCGCUCUUUAUGAUGGCCCUGUAAGUUAAGGUACUUUGCAUUACUCAUUUAUGCAUCAAGAAAGUUCAUCUCGGCAAAUAGGUGAAACAUUUACUCAGGUUGAGAAGCGACAUCAGUGAAAUCACUUCAUCAUGUAUGUAUAUACGUAUGCCCUCAGAUUUUUGAGCGACAAUAAAAUUACAACCGUGGAUUCAUAUACCUUCAGUGGCCUCGCAGCCUUGGAACUGAUGUAAGUAUUGACUGAAGCGGAAUUUUUAAAACUCUGAUUGUGGGGUAUAUAAAUCAUUUUGCAAUGAACAUUGAUAAAUAUGAUUAGUCGAGCUUGCUUUAGCAGAGCAAGACUCUAAAUAUGCAGGAUUUUUUUUGCGUCGGUCUUCCCUAGAUUGUAGGCCACGCGUUCCUAGCGGAGACCGUGGAAACGGGGGAUAGGAUCCGUGACGACCUUACACAAGGUAGAACUGUUUUCUGCUUUUAUAUCACACUUAGAUGAUAUUUCAAGCUGGAAAUCAUUUAUGUGCAAGUCUCUUCAAUUUUAAAGAAAAAAAACUGAUAUGAAGGGCAAAAAGAUUCGAACCCGUGACCCAAAUUGCCACUACACCACACUAACCAUCCAGGCGAGGAAAUAACUAAAGUACACAUAGCAUCAACCCCAACCCAACAAAAGAAGCUAACCAGUUUCGAAACAGUGCGUAACCCUAAUCAGUAAAGGAAGUGCUCAACCGUAAUCAGUAAAGGGAGUGCUUAACGAUAAGGACUACUACGUAGUGUAAGGUGUCCAAGGGCCUUUCGACAGAUGUUAAAAAGUGCUGACCAAUUAAAUCAAUAGGCCGCCAUUAUGGAAGAGGUCUAUAGCCAACUGAAACUAGCCUGUGUCACAGACGUAAUCUAAACCAUGCGGACUCAACUGCCGUCCUGUUUUGGGCAACGGAAACGUCAAAAAAGCAAUAAGUUUAAUGAGCAAAACAACAACUCUGCACGACCACGCUUUUUUGUACAGUUCUUUGCCGUCCCUGCACGACUACAACGAGACAUGACCAAAUUUUGAGUUGACUUGAGAACGGGAACGGCAAAGCGAUAAAUUUUACUUUCUACAUCUACAUCUACAUAAUUUAUUUGUAAAAUCCCAUAAGGACAUCUAGCAAAUUCUCUUUAUGAAAUCGGACGCGGUCCUCCCUCUUCAGUUCCAACCGAACGUCUCUCCUUUCAAGUAACUGGUUGACUUGGUAAAAGGGCUAAAAAGUUGUAAAGGACGCGAAGUCUAUUUUUCAGCGACGUUUUCAUUGGCGUCGCCCUUGUCGGAUCGUAAGGUCUCUAAUGUUGGGAGAGCUCCGGUCUGCCGAAUGGGAGGUCGUGGGUUCAAACCCCGCCAAGACCAACAACCAGGGUCUUUAAAAAAGCUAGUGAGAUCAUUCUGGCUCUGAUUUGAGACCUUAUAUCAGUUCAGUUGAUCGCGUCAACUCAUUGGUAGGCCUUCAUCUGUCUUUCAUUAGCCAAAUCGAAGAGGACGUAAAAGAACCCACUCUACUCUCCGAAAAGAGUAGGGGAAGUUUCCCUAGGGGUGUGGUCUACCUUUCACGCAUCACGCUUCAUUCAUAUCAUGGGCUGUGGGUGGGUCACAGUAAGCUCAUAAAUGGACUGAUAGCGGUUUCCCCGGGCGCCAUUGUAUGUUGACGUCCUAGCUUACUUUUAACAUGCUAAGAUAUAAUGUGAAGAGGGAGCGUCUUGCUGUCCUCUAACAAUACAUUACAUUACAUUAGGGACUUUAAGAUCCCACCACGCAGACGACAACUGGAACGUCAAAAAAACAAUAGGUUUAAUUAGCAAAACAACAACUUUGCACGUGCAUCACACUUUUUUGUUAAUUUCUUUCCCGUUUUUGCACGACUACGACGUGAAAAUGCCUAAUUUCGCGUUUUAUGAAGGACGUAAACAAGCAACGACGAAAUUUUAUUUCUCUUUCUGAGCUUGAAUAUGGUCCCUUGAAAUUCAGCUUCAGGAGGGUUCGCCUACAAUUGACAAAGUAAGUGGGUAGGAAUAAUCACUAUAAAGACUGAAAAAACUCAAAUUCACUUUUUAAGCGACGUUCUUCUCGCCGUCGCGUCGUUGGAUCUUAAAGUCCCUAAUAACUUCUGUAAUACCCUGCGCAGCUGGUGGUGUUUUUUUGGUGUGUUUUUCGUUUGUGUCGUAUGCAAUGUAAAGGAUACAGCCGCGCGAAAGUUGUACCGAGGUCAAAUAAAAAAACGACGGGGGAGGGAGCGAGGGAAAGAAGACACUUCCUCCUCCUCCUCCAUCGUUUUCUCCUUUGACCUUUUACCCUACGAGAAACGAACGCAGGCUACGUCUGCAAAACAGCGCCGAGAUCCUUGCUCUAGACCCCCAUGCAACGGACUUAACGAAUGACCCGAAGUGCUUUUCGAAUUUCUCUCCAACCUGAUUGGCUAAUCAAACAACGGCGUAUCUUUCACGACACUCAUGGCACAUUUUCAAACCCUGGUGCACAGAUUGGGGCCCAGAACAAGGAUUUUUGGCGCUGACUUGAAGACGUGUUUAACCAGAGGGCUGUGUCGCUUGUGGGAUCUGGCUGUUUUCUGAGAUUGGUCUUUGUGUAAUGUUAUUUGAGUCAAAUGUUUGAUUUCUUUGUUCCAGAGAUUUGGCGGACAAUCCUAUCAAAAAGAUGAAUCACUUUGCCUUCACGAUUAAUAACUCUGCUCUACACACAAUGUAAGCAGUUACUGACAAUGAUAACAAGUGUUGGGACUCUCUAUUAUAACUAUUUAUUAUUUAACAAUAGCUAGUGUCACCGGGUGAUCCAAGCCAUAACCUAAGCUUUAAGCCAUAAACUUUCUCCAAAACAUUCACAGAUUUGUAUGCGUAUUCCCGAGGGAAGGAAACAGUCCUUUGCCCAGAAUACUAGAAGCACUCAAAAGGAAACAGUCAGUCUUGGGUGAUGCACAGGUUAUAUAUAGAGUGUUUUACCCUUCCUACAGAAAAAACGGAAAUUCUGUUUUGCAAAUGAGAUAUUUUUCGCCCUUCUGUUUAAAAAGCUGGCGACUCAGGAUGGGGAGUCGUUUGGGGCAGUGUAUCUUAGCUUAUUAAAUGACUUUUUCUUACUUCACCAGUCAAGUUAAAUCGCUGAACGCUUAUGAAUGAAAUUUUAACCAGUGCCGCUUGAAAGACCCAACAUUUCAGUAAUGUAUUUUCCGUAUUGUUACUUUUCAGUUACCUGAUGAACACCGAACUGCAGAAAAUGAACCACAAUGCAUUUCAUGGCCAAAAGGAUGUACGCACAUACAUGUAAGUUUUCUUCUUACCAUUCUGAAAGACCAAAGUCAGCAAAAAGCAAAAACUACACCCUUUCGUCCCAAGUGACGUCGCUCGUUACAAACAUAGCUAAGUGACUAUGGGGACGAAAAACAUCCCCGGGCAGUGCCUUACGCAUGCGCAUAGCCAUAUUAUGCCGGCAGUCUUAUACUCCCAUGAUUAAUGCACCAAAAACCAUAAUCGAGCAUGCUUCAAUCAAUUGUUUUUCCAUUUCAGACCAUGUGAUUUUCGCCAUGGGACCUUUUUUUUCGCAUUUCUUCCUAUUCCGGAGCAUAUGACUUUAACGUGAAAACGCAACAGGGAAAUUCUCUUGUGAAUAUCACAUGCUCUGUAUUGGGAAAACAAAACAUAAAACUAAAACUAAAACGGUCCACUCCAAUACUUGCGCUCACUCAGGAAAAUAUUCAAUUUGUGUAGCUCCGUGUGAGGGAAUUCGGGAAAUUUUUGCUUGUGGAAUCUGGAAUCCUGGGCUUUGGUAUCCGGAAUACAGCUCAAGGAAUCCGGAAUCCGGGUAACGAUCGGAAUCCAAAAUCCACAUCCCACUGACAAUUCGGAAUCCACGGCGUGGAAUACGUCAAGAAUAUCAAAAGCGACGGAUACGUUUUCAAUACAUCGAUAUUUCUAAAAAAACAAACGGAAGUACCGAAAAGGGAGAGUAAACGCCUACUUAGUGUUUGAUAGCUUGCUAAUUUGUUUUUGUUGUUUCUAGCCAAAGGUUUUUUCCCAGUUAGAUAUAUUUUUGCCAUUAAUUCUUUUCUUGCUUUAAUUUGUAAGUAGUAAGUCACAUUAACUCGUCUCUUGGUUUACUUUGACUGGCUUUUAAUUUCCUGAAUAUAAAUACAGGGACUGAACAGAGAAAUUAUAUUUUCUAUAUUUGCUUGCUUUAAAGUUCACCUGAACAUGUGACAGACGGAUUUGUGACAAACAAGAAAGGCCUGUUUAUCGCCCUCACAGAGGCGGGAUUUGCAGAUGGGAAUACUAGUCACCGCUUCCCAUGUCCUACUGGCACUUAUGUUCCUCAUCUUAAGAAUUUCAAAUACAGCACAGCCAUAGAGGCUAAAUGUUUACCGUGCCCUCCAGGUAAGUGAUACUGAUAACUUCAAGAGAGACAGUUUAAAUACAGGCAACACAAUUAAACUGGUACUUUAUUCUACCAACUUAGGCUGUGUAUACAUUAAAAAAGAAGGUAAUAAAUGUGAUCGUCUUUAGUAGAACAAAUCAAGAUUGAGGUAGUCUAUUGUUACAAAGCUGGAAUUUAUUACCAGGAGGUAUCGCUUAUUGGCUUCUUGGGGUCAUGCGGCACAUGGCGUUUCACGCUAAUCAGUUCUUUUCCACCUAAAAAGCUCAUUUUUUCCUCUUUCAGGUGGAUUUUAUUCAAACAGGGUUGCACAAGUUGGUGCCCUGUGUUUUCUUUGUAACCCUGGAACCUUCGUCCCUCCAGAGACAGCUCCAGGGAGGAAUGUUUUAGAUUGCACUGUAUGUCCUACAGGUAAAUAG